AAAUACUUUUGGAAAUAUCGAUGCACCUUCUUUUUUCAUAUAUAAAAGAAGACCCUAGACCUCGAGGGGAGAUCACAACCACAUACAAAUUCCCUCAAUUAGUAAAGCAAAAACAUAUCCAAAGUUGAGAGAUGGUUGAUGUUAAGUUGAUUGGUUUAUGGUAUAGUCCUUUUAGUAAAAGAGUUGAAUGGGCUCUAAAGAUUAAGGGUGUGGAAUAUGAAUAUAUAGAAGAUGAUCUACAUAAUAAGAGCCUUUUACUUCUUCAAUCUAAUCCGAUUCACAAGGCAGUUCCUGUGCUCAUUCACAAUGGUAAGCCCCUUUGUGAAUCAAGUGUCAUUCUCGAAUACAUCGACGAGACAUUUGAAGGCCCUUCCAUCUUGCCUAAAGAACCUUAUGAUCGAUCUUUAGCUCGUUUCUGGGCUAAAUUCUUCGAAGAUAAGGGGCUAGCAAUAAGGAAAAGUAUAUUUUUCAAAGGAGAGGAGCAAGAGAAAGCUAAAGAGGAAGUUUAUGAUAUGUUGAAAGUUCUUGAUAAUGAGCUAAAGGACAAGAAGUUUUUUGUUAGUGAAAAAUUUGGAUUUGUUGAUAUUGUUGCAAAUGCUGCAGCCCUUUGGCUAGGAGUUCUUGAAGAAGCAUCUGGAGUUGUUUUGGUGACGAGAGAAAAAUAUCCGAAUUUUUGUGAUUGGAGAGAUGAAUAUUGCACGCAAAACAAGAAAUAUUUACCUCCUAGAGAUGAAUUGCUUGCCCAUUAUCAAGUUUACAUUCAACGUGUUACUACUUCAAAAUGAGUACAUGACCUUUAAGCUAAUUUCAAAAUAUUGUGUGGCAAUAAAAUGGAGAUAUGGAUUUAGGAUGAGUUUUUGUUGAUUCAAUUGAAAUUAAUUGUGGAUUGAACUAGUGAUAACAAAAAGAAUAUGCACGUUAUAUGAUUUGUCUUUGUUUCGGUUAAUAUAAAUAAAUUUUGGAUUAACGUA